AUGUGUCGAGGGCGGACAGUAGGUCGGCCGCUGUUGCUCCGGACUCCGGGAAAGACCGGGGACCGACCGCUCCCACUGUCAUGGGGAAGUUCUAGCCAGACGCUCGCUCAUUCCAGCGCAACAGGCGUCGUUCGCAACUUGGCUGUGAUCAUCUUGGCGGCAAUUCUCCGUCGUACUGGGGGAAAGGUCACAGGACGUUGCCAAGAACUGCCGUGGAAUGUCCAGAGGGGAGGGAUGAGCAUUGAGCAAGGGGCAGUCGAAACGGGGACCACUCGGUUUUUCUACUCCGCCUCUCAGCUGAAGGGAUCCCUCAUCUUCAUGGUUGCAUGGGUCGGAAUCGUGACCCUCCCAAGAGGCUGUGAUGUCUGUGAUGUUGAAGGUUUCGGGUGA